CAAUUGCCAUAAAAAGCCAGAAGAAGAAAGGGAAGUUAUGGUAGAUACAAAGGUUAACUCUUCUCAAACAUCUGCGAUAUGUAAUUUAUUCAGGUUUCAAGUGCCCUCAGUGCCUCUGCUGGACUGUUAGAUACUGUAGAGGAGGCGCGGGAACACUGCAGCAGCUCUUUCUGUCUUUUACUGGCUGUGCUCUUCCUGGUGUCCCACAAUGCUGUCUGAACAAACCUCAGCUUGUCAGCAAGAUCAGUCUGUGCUUUAGCAGUGGUGCUUUGGCCGCCCUUCACUGAUUUGAUCCAGUCCCAUCUGACUGGGUUUGUCCGGGCUGUCUUCUCUUUUUGGUCCAACAGAAACGCUUCAUUCAGUAGCCAUGGUGUCCAGACCUGGAGACCUUCCAGCCCUGGAAGCAGGUCCAGGUGCUUCAGAGGGACUCCUCGGAGGGAUGUCCAUCCCUGUCGGGAUGACCCGUCGAGCUCUCAGCUAUGACGAUAAUCUUGAGCGCCCUAUGUCUCCACCUCCAACCGACAUCAAUAUUAACAACUUGUGGAGGCGACCUGUUAUACCUGAGAGGAAGUUUGCACGACUUGCUGAGGUGCGUGUGCAUUGCUUAUUCUGUGACCAAUUUGUCCACAGGAACAUAAAUGUUUUAAAUGUCCGCAGAGAGCUUUUUACACAUGCAUUGCUCCAGAUGUUAGAAGUUCUUUGGCCUUCCCCCUUUCAUCAGUGUCAACACACCCAAUGUCAUUCCUGUAUGUUCACAGGGGGCUUUGCCCUGCAGUCCUAUAAAGGAGCUCAGAAACCCACCCCUAUGGAAGUGAUGAAAGCCCAGGCCACCCGCUUGGCCGCAGACCCCACCAACUUCCAAGCUCCCCCCAAGAUGGAGAUCCCCACCAUGGAGGGGAAGAGACAGAUGACCAGACCUCACAAACUCAAACACCGGGACAUGAACGUCCUGACACCCUCUGGAUUCUAAGUGAACUCCUUACAUCAACCUCAACUGUACACAUAGUGAACCCGUAGCUGGUCUACCCUCUCUCUUACUCCCUUGUGCUGUCUUGCUGCUGGGUCACUGCAGUAAUAAUGGCUUUUCCCUAUCACAGACUCAUCCUUUUGCUAGUGUCUUAAGUAAAUAUUCGUCCUGAAAAGAUGUUGUGUGAGUGCGUAGCAGCAUUGUUGUUGGUGCUGUUGUCUUUUGUUUGCCUCUUCCUUGCUUUGCCUUUUAAUUUUUCCUUCAAAGUGUUACUUUAAGUUAGUAUGUGUGAGAACAUGCAUUCCUUGGUGUUUUUGGAUGUACUGUGGUGUAAUUAUUCAUGGCUUGACUGAACAAAAGCAGUGUUUUUAUGUGUUGGUUUUUUUGUUCCAUCACAUAGCAAGUUAGAAAACUGCCUAGAGCUUAUUGUCAUAUAUUGAGAAAUUAUGUUAUGAUUUCAUGUAACAUCAUCAAUACAUAAUGGGUUCAGUGAUAACUUAAUUCUUUAAGUCUUUGCUGUUGUGUAUUAUGACGUUGUAAGCAUCGUUGUGAUACGGUUGUGUCGAGGAUGGUGUGACAAAUGAUGAGGGCACUAAAUUGACUGAAGGUUAAAAAAAAAAAAGAAAACUGGCUGAAAUUUAAUUUAAUGUAACCGCUCUGGACAGAGAAUUUCUUGUAUUUUUGUUACAAGUUUAAAAUUGUUUCAAUUUCUCAAAAGGUUGAAUGCAUUUACUUUGAUCUUGUUGGAUCUGUUAAUACAUGAAUGAAUAAAUAAAAGGACAUAAAUGCCAUUUUUGCUCUUGAAUGUCUUUCCUGAAAUUCACUGUUCACCAUUUUUGGUAACAAUGAUAAAGAAAGUUCAAACAAAUCUUAU